CGUCGGCAUCGGUCGUGUUUGUGGAUCCCCGGAAGCGAGUGCCUAUAUCUUCACCCACGGGGCGGAAUCGAAUCGAAUCGGGGCGAGUGCUUAUCGCGGCAAAAGAGUAAUUUGUGAUACCUGUCCGCCGUGUAUUGGCUUGUUGGAGCGCUACGCGCUUAAGUGGUGUUAAUUUUUUAUUAAUUAUUAUCGUAUUUAUUACUCAACGAAAGUGAAGUGCGAAAUCGGUCGCCUCAAGUGCCCGGGCAUACGUGCAAAGCCCGUAAAUAAAUUACACAGCCAUAUAGCCGUGAUCCUUCCCCCAUUCCAUUGCCAAUCCGAUUCCGACUGCAGCUGAUAAUGCCAACAACGGACUCCGCCUGAUCGAUUUGGAGUGCGAGUGCGGCCAGCCUCUGAUUGUGGAUAGCUGCCACCGAAAAUGACGGAGCUGCAAGCGGAGCUGUGAUCCAAUCCCAACCGAUCUGACCUGGCCCCACAAUGGACUCCUACUUCGACUCGGCCAUCGAGUACAACCGAACGAACCCCAUCAUCUUGUCCAGGAGCAGCGACCAGGCUCAAACCGCGCAGAACGAGAAGAACUGGGAAUGGUCCUAUCUAGUGAGAAAAUGCCGGAAUCUGGAGCUGGAGGAGUCGUACGACCUGUACAUGCGGCGCCUGCGCGUCGGCUACCUCUCGCUGUUCAUCUUCAUCCACGUGGCCGUCACGGUGAUCCACACCCUGCUCCUGCUGACCACGCCGGAGAUAAAGUACGUCUACGUGGACAUGGUGGCCUACAUCUGCUCCGGAUUGGUCAUCUGGGUGGUGCUCUCCGUGAACUUCCGCAGCGAGCUCGUUAGCAAGCACGGAUGGGUGGUCUACGCCACCUCCUGGCUGGCGGUUUGUGUGAUGGUGCUCAUGGACAUCGGGCUGAAUGUGUACCACGCCACCAGUCACAACGACAUCCUGAAUCCGAUCUACGACGCCUACACUUUAUAUGCGAUAUAUAUGUUCAUGCCGGUUCCGUAUCUGCUGCAACCCUUCGUCCUGGGAGCCGCAGUCACCCUCUGCUACAUAAUAAACUACAGCUUUGUGAUCACCGCGAAGGACGACAACCAGAUGCACAGCAUCCUGAACGAGGCCAUCUACCUGAGCUGUGUCAAUCUCCUGGGGAUCUUCUUCCGUCUGAUGAGAGACAUUGCGCUACGUACCACUUUCCUGGAUCGCAGGCAGUACGUGGAGGAGAACCUGCUGCUGCGCUACGCCAGGGAUCAGGAGAGGAGCCUUCUGCUGAGCAUCCUGCCCGCCCAGAUUGCAGACAGGCUGCAGGAGGACGUGAAGAACCGCAUCGAGCGAUCCAAGCAGCAGCAUCAGCAACGAUCGCAAGUGGAUCUGAGAAGGAGUGCGGAUAGUCAGACUCUGAAGAGAUGGCGACAACCGGAUCACGGCACCCUCUUCAUUGAACCACAUGAGGAUGUCACUGUUUUGUAUGCCGAUGUGGUCAACUACACCCACUUGACCACCACUCUGGAUGUGAAGAAACUCGUGGAGGCCCUGCACGAUCUCUUCGUGCGUUUCGACAGCGCCAGCGAGGAGUACAAUGUGCUGAGGAUCAAGUUCCUGGGGGACUGCUACUACUGCGUGGCAGGACUCGCCAAUCCCAAUGCGGACCACGCCAAGUGCUGCGUGGACUUGGGACUGCGAAUGAUUAAGGACAUUCGCGAUGUCAGGGAAAAGCGACAUCUGAACAUCGACAUGCGAAUCGGAGUCCAUUCCGGCGACGUUCUGUCCGGCGUAAUUGGAGCCGCCAAGUGGCAGUUCGACAUCUGGUCCAAGGAUGUGGACAUAGCGAACAGACUGGAGGCCACGGGAGCCACAGGACGAGUGCACGUGAGCCAGAAGACCCUGUCCCUUCUGGACGGCGAGUACUUCUUCGAGGACGGCACCGAACAGGCUCGAGAGGAUCCAGUGCUGCAGAAGCACGGCAUUCGCACCUUCCUGAUAAGAACACUGCGCGCCCCCAUGCACGAUCCGCGUCGCAGGAUGAGGGAGCGCCAGGCCAAGAAGCUCAGCGAGGCCAGCAAGGCCAACUUCAUGCACAACUCCACUCUGCAUCAGUACAACCAGGUGCGGAACCAGGCCAAGCUGGAGAUGUGCCGCGAGCUGGACAAGAUGCCCAUCGGAAGGAUACAACUCACGAAAGUAUUCCGGCGGAGCACACGGCUCACCCAGGACGAAAUCGAGGAGGAGACCUUUCGACGAAACAUCAGCUCCUGCUGCCUGUUCUUCCGCAUCCGGAACUGGGAGUUCCAGUACAUGCAGGAGCCGGAUGUGAUGCUCAAGUACAGCAUCGCCUUAUCCUGGGCAAUUUACGUGGGUCUGCUGACCAUCCAGCUGCUGAGCAAGGAUGCUCGCUAUCACUACUGGUACAUAGAUGGCACCACGAUAUCCCUGCUCACCAUCCUGCUGAUUGUGUCCUGGUACAAGAAACUCUGGAUCAUGUACAUGUCCGAUGCGGAAGUUUCCUCCCCGAAUGGCAAUCUUAGUGGAUUCCUGUUCCGCCUUUCCGACGAGAUGCAGCGCAACGUGGUCAUCCGGAUCAUUAUGUACUUCCUGAUCAUUUUCUCUUACUGUGCUGUGGCCAUAAUGCAAGUGGUUGGAUGUGACAGCGACGAGGAUUAUGCUGAUUUGGAACCAAGCUACGAAGAACGGCUGCAGUGCUUUCAUCCUUGGAUCCUCACAAACUGCAUGACUUUGAUUAUCGGCAUGUCGUUCCUGUUCACAAGGAUACCCUUCAUCAUAAAGUCCUGCUUCUCCGCCCUGAUAACGAUUGCCUAUGCGGUACUGGUGGUAUUUGAAUUUAAUUAUAUCUAUUCCAGCAGUCCUUCCACGAAUGUCAACUUCAAUGCCAAGUACUCGCACAUCCUGCUGAUGAUCAUCACACUGGGCAUUUUUCACCUGAUGGAACGCCAAACCGAGUUCAUUGCCAAAGUGGAUUACAACUGGAAAAGGCAGCUGUUGAAAAAGCAGGAGGAUGCCCUUAUCACGAAUGAUACCAUUAAAGUGCUUCUCACCAACAUUUUGCCCACUCACGUUGCCGACUUUUACCUUUCAAACCAGCUGCAGAACGAGCUCUACUACGAGGAGUACGACAAUGUGGCCGUAAUGUUCGCCUCAAUCAAAAACUUUGACACCGACAAAAUCGGACUGCGUGUGCUGAAUGAGAUUAUCUGCGACUUUGACGAUGUGCUAAACAAAUACUCGCAGAGUCUGAGAGUGGAGAAGAUAAAGGUGGCCAACUGGACGUACAUGGCGGCCUGCGGUCUCGACGUUUCCCGUUCGGAGCAAGUGAAUGCUCCCCAGAUGAAGUUCCGCAAUGUGUCCCUGAUGCCGAACGGACGAAGGAGCCGCUACGACGGAGCACGUAACUCCAACAUUGACGGAGUGCAGAGGGUGCCCUAUGGAAACGGCAGCAACAUUGCCCUGGAUCUCGAUCUGGAACGGGGUCAGUACGAGGGCAAUGUGAUCUCGAGUGGUCCCAGGAUGAGUGCCACCCAGAGUGGAACCAGCAGCAGCGAGGUGGUCCGGGUGAUGGCCGAGUUCGCCCUGGAUCUGAUGCGGACCAUGCGGCGGUUCAACACGGAGAACAUGCAGACGGAGUACGAGGGCAGCACCGACUACGGGAUGCUGAGGAUUGGCAUUUCGCACGGCAGAGCCAUGGCCGGAGUGGUGGGCAACUCGAAGCCGCACUACGACAUCUGGGGCAAUCCCGUGAACAUGGCCUCGCGGAUGGACUCCACCGGAGUGCCUGGCCAGAUCCAGGUCACCGAGAACACGGCUCUCAAGCUGAGGGAGUUCAACAUCCAGUGCAACUAUCGGGGCAUGACCUUCGUCAAGGGGCGUGGCAACAUUCCCACCUACCUAAUCGGCAUCGACAGCGAAUACCAGUUUCUGCCCCACCGCCCACCUGCGCCAAACAAAGAAGACUAGCUGAAUUUACCAGACAAUAAUAGACCUAAGCAAUCCGUGUACAUAAAAUCCGUAGAAACUAGACCCCAACUCUUCUGAGUUGAGGUGAUCUUUAAUGUUAGUCAAUUGUGGAAGAAUUAAAAUCAAACUAUUUUCGAAAAACUAU